AUGCACACAGACAUUAGCCCUUUUAAAACACAAAAAGCAACAGUAAGCUCUUUAUUGAUGUCAAUAAAGCUAAAAAACAGAAACAAAAUCAAGCAUAACAGAGAAACUUCAUUAGAAGAGCCUUUGUUUGCAGUUUCACAAGGUGGAAAAAAAUAUUCAAAAAAUUCUCCUUAUAAGGCUGAUUAUUCGUUGAUUUUCCAGCCUCCAAAGUAUGACUUGGAGAAGGUUUUUAAUUUUCAUGACAUGCAGCAGGAUCUAGAUUAUUUGUUGAUGCCAAAAAGAAGCUCUAGCUCAGCUACGUAUACGAAAAAGACAAAUAUUAGAGCAAAAAGCCCUGAUUGUAAUAUAUUUAAUCAGAAAUCCAGUAAAGGAUUUUCGCUAGAAGCAACUGUGAGACAGAUUACUCCUGGUAGGAGAAUUUGUGGAAAUAUAUUUAAACCAAAAAAUGAGUGAUCAACAAUAAAGAUAAAACAUAUGAAUAGGUUCCAUAUUGCAAGGAUUCCGACGGUAAAACUGGAUUCCGAUUAA